UUCAACUCCCAUUCCUCGAUGUCCUCCGCGAACAGAUCCCUGAAUGAUUAGAAUGGUGGAUUCGAAGAGCGAGAGAUACGACUCACUCGGGAAGGUUAUCCCAGUUUUGCGUGGCGCUCAGAUUAGGUUGCACGGAAGACAUGAAGACAACGAAUAUACGGUGUUGUUGGAAAGGGUUGGUAGUUCGGAUGAGGCCUUUCUCCCCAGGCGGCCAGUCAAAUAACGGUGGACGGUGAUCGAUCCGAUUCAGCAUCAGACCUUGACUCAUGCCACCAUGUCUCGCUCUUCUUCCCCAGCCCUAUUCCCUCUGAAGCACUGUGCUAGACGGAUAUCAAUCAUCAAACGCACAGUUUCAAGUUAUUUGGAUCAUGAGGGUGGCUGGCUAUGGAACGAUGCACUUCGACGAAGCCGACGGCGUGUGGAUUUGGAUGUCAAUGUUCUCCAGAAUAUUGCUUGUUCGGCGAUUGGUGCUCAACGCUGCGUUCAGAUCGAAAAUCUCGCUCAGUGUUCUCCUUCCCGUGUUAUAUCUAUCUCCGUAACUCUGAUAUCUUCUACAGGAUCUUACAAUAAGAUUUUUCUCUUCGGCUUUGAUAACGAGGUAGAAGCCAUCGCACGGAUUCCUUGUGGACUAGUGGGUAAUGUCCACAUGUCCACCGCCAGCGAGGUAGCCACUAUGGAAUAUGUUCGAGAGGUCUUUGACAAGCCCACGCCACGCGUUCUUGCUUGGAGCAAGACCCCGGAAGCUCAAGCCGCGGUAGGGACGGAUUUCAUCCUCGUGGAAUACAUACAAGGCACCCCGUUGGAGACUCGUUGGCUGAAUACUUUUGACGAGAAUAUCGCAGUGGUCAUGCGCGAGUCGAUCCAUUUCGAUAUCGACAUCCACCAGCGUCCAUUUUCGUAGAUCGGUAACCUGUUCUUCAAGUAGAACGUUAGCGCCGAAUUGCAGAGGUGACCGUUGUACCUCAGGGAGGGAGCCUGCUGGUGACA